AUGGAUUGUCCGUCGCAUCAUCCCCCGCCUCCACCUGAUGAGUUGUUCGACAUUGACACUACAGUUGAUCCCACCUUUAUAAUCUCACUGAUACGCAAACUCCUUCCAGUAGAUUCUGGCAGUGGUCAAAGAACUCAGAUAAAGCAUAAUCCCUCGUAUGGAUGCCAACAAUGCGGUUCAAGGAUACUCACCACAGGUCUCUAUGGAGCUGGAAGCACUUUAUGGGCUGAGUGUUUGCAGUCUGAUGAUAUACUUCGCCGUGUUUUGUGGAUUGCGGAAAACACCUUGAAUCCUCAUCUUAUUGAAAAGAGUGUAGGGCUAUUAUUAGGUAUCUUAGAAGGUGAAUCAGAGGUUGGGAAGCUAUUGAUCCCUCCACUAAUGACUCUAGGUUUGACGAGUCUCUUGAUCAAUCUUCUUUCCUUCGAAAUGAGCAAGUUGGUCAAAGAAAGAAUUCCAGAAAGGUACUCCGUUCUUGAAAUGAUUCUCCGAGCUAUUGAAGCCCUUUCUGCUUCAGAUAGUCGUUCUAAAGAUAUUUGCUCUAGCAAAGAACUUUUUCACUUAGUCUGUGAUCUUAUGAAACUUCAGGACAAAGCCGAGGUGGCAACAUGUUGUGUUACUGCAGGAGUUUUGAUCGCAAAUAUUCUAUCGGAAACAGUCAGUUUCAUUCCAGAAAUAUCGCAAGACUUUUCUUUCUUGGAAGGUUUAUUCAGUACUUUACCAUUUGCAUCGGAUGACUUAGAAGCAAGAAGAGCUCUUUGGAGCGUUAUUGCGAGGUUAUUUGCCAGAGUCAAUGAGUCUGAGAUAGACACAUUUUCUCUGAGACAGUACAUACUAGUUUUGCUAAGCAACUCGGAUAUUAUAGAAGAUGAUCUUCUCAUUAUGCAACUAGAAGACUCAUUCCCUUCUCAUAGCUCGCGAACAAUUGCUAUACAAAAGAUCGAGUCUAUGUUGAACAAUUGGAAUAUUCGCAAGGAGACUUUGCAGGAGGAUAACAUGGAUGGGGACGGCUCUUUAAACACAUCUGAUGUUAGAAGGCUAUAUGAUUGCUGUCAAAGAUAUAUAUCAAAGUAA